GGGGCAUUAAUGGAAAUCAACAUACUUUUGAACUUCCAUUUCCUGAAGAUAUUCCAGGUAUAGCUGAAUCAAAUGCAGAUAUAAAAAAAUAUAUUGCGCAAAGAUCUCAAAAUUAUAAAACCAAAAAAUUCUAUUUAAGUAUUUCGCAAAAUGCUUCAAGUUAG